AAACUUCCCUGAUCCUUCAACACUACCUUCAAAAGGCGCCGGGGAAGUUCCCCGACUCACCAAACCCGCUAGCCUACCGCGUGCGCAGCGCAGCCCAGCGCACCGACUGCUGAGACCAGACUGAGACCCGCCUAGAAGAGAAGAGGGAGGCGCUGAGGCCGAGAGAGAGAGAGAGAGAGAGAGAGAGAGAGAGAGAGAGAGAGAGAGAGACAGAGAGAGAGAGAGAGAGACAGAGAGACGGAGACAGAGACAGAGAGACAGAGACAGAGAGACACAGAGACAGAGACAGAGACAGAGACACAGAGACAGAGACACAGAGAGACAGAGACACAGAGACACAGAGACAGAGAGACACAGAGAGACACAGAGAAGAGAGGAGCGUUGCUCAGCCCGAGGAGUUGGAGGAGGAGUAGGCGGCAGGCGGAGAGAGGAGCGCGCGGGGCGCCUAGCGCAGCGGCGGGACCAGAAGGCGCCCAUGGACCUGGGCGCUGCUGCUGCGGUGGCCCUUUGCCUGUGGCUGUUGAGUGCCUGCCGCCCCCGGGUCGGGCUGGAGGCGGCCGUCGUGCCGAGGACCCGGGGCACUGGCCAGGCUAGACGGGGCCCUACCGAGGCUGCCACCCCCCUGUCGCCGUGGCCAGCGGAGGCAGCGGCCAGAGUGCCAAGAUUCGUUCGAAAUGGCUCCUCUCCUUCGGUGAUCCCGCACCCGUUCAUGCUGGCCCUUUACCGGAGCCUGUCCGCCAGGGAGCUCGCUCCCGAAGCCGCUGGCGUCUCCGAGUCCGAGGGCGCCCACCAACGGGGCCUCGCUGACACCGUCACCGGCUUCACUGACCAGGCACCCCCAGACGAAGCCUCCGCCGAGACUGGCCAGCGGUUCCUGUUCGACGUGUCCAGCCUGGCAGACACCGACGAGGUGGUGUCGGCGGAGCUGCGGGUCCUGCGCCGAGCGCCAGAGGGCCCGGGAGAUCAGCGGCAGGCCAGACAGGAGGAGGAAGAGGCGGCGGCGGCGACCUUGGGGCAGGCUGCGGGGCCGCCCUUCGCCCUGCUCCUGCUGUCCACCUGCCCAGGCGCGGCGCGCGGGCCUCGGCUGCUGGCCUCCCGGGCCGCCAGCCCCCAGGGCGCGGCGCGCUGGGAAGUCUUCGAUGUGGCUGACGCCGUGAGGCAGCACCAGCCCGAGCGGCCCCUGUGCCUGUUGUUGCGUGCUGUGGGCGGCUCGUCGGGGCACCCACUGGCACCCGCGCUGCUGGGCCUGGGGCCGCCGGCGGAGCCUCGGCCCGCGCCUCACGAAAGGGCUCUGCUCGUGGUGUUCUCGCGCGCGCACAGGAAGGAGAACCUCUUCCAGGAGCUGCGGGCCAAGGGCCGGCCACGGGAGCAGCCGGGGCCCGGGCCCUCUGGAGGACGCAGGAAGCGGAGGACCCCACCGGGGGCCGGGGCCGGGGCCGGGGCCGGAGCUAGCCGCGGGACCGGAGGGGCUGGGAUCCCGAGCCCCGGGGGCGGAGGGGGCGGCGGGAGCCCCGGCCUGGGCAGGGCGCCCGGCCGCAAGGGCCGGAGCCGCUGCAGCCGCAAAGGGCUGCACGUGGACUUCAAGGAGCUGGGCUGGGACGACUGGAUCAUCGCGCCCCUGGACUACGAGGCGUACCACUGCGAGGGCGUGUGCGACUUCCCGCUGCGCUCGCACCUGGAGCCCACCAACCACGCCAUCAUCCAGACGCUCAUGAACUCCAUGGCGCCCGAGGCCGCGCCGCCCAGCUGCUGCGUGCCGGCCAAGCUCAGCCCCAUCAGCAUCCUGUACAUCGACGCGGGCAACAACGUCGUCUACAAGCAGUACGAGGACAUGGUGGUGGAGGCCUGCGGCUGCAGGUAGCGAGCCAGCGCGCUGUCAGCGGCGGCCUGGGCCCGGGACCUCGGGGUGCCAGAGGGGAGGCCCGGCCCAGCUGGGAUGCGCACACGCACACACGGACACACACACACGAUCCCUGCUCACUCCCUGCCCCUCAGGCCGCUCCCGGGACAAGGGCGCCCUCGCCAGUGCCAGAGUCCGCUUGCUACUGAACCUCGCCGGCGUUUUGGAAGGGCUGGGGCUGGGGCUGGG